AUGAGUGAGUCUGUUCGAGUCGCCGUUAUUGGAGCUGGUAUUAGCGGAGUAGUCACUGCUGGACAUCUUUUGGCUGCUGGUAUUCAAGUGACGGUUUUUGAGAGAAACAAUGCAGCUGGUGGAGUUUGGCUUUAUGACAAGCGUACUCCGAUUGAAGCCCAGUACCCAUCACCGAGACCGUCUACUUCACAGGAAAUUGUGAAUGAUGAUAGAACAGACACUGAAAGAAAGAUCUUGCUUCAUGCACCUCCGGGGCCUUGCUAUGAAAGUCUUACAAACAAUGUUUCGACUCCCUUACUACAGACGAAACUUAAUGCAUGGCCAGAAGGGACUGCUCCUUUUGUGAAGCAUAAUGUACUCAAGGAAUAUAUCCAAGAUACAUCAAACAAGGCCGGUGUUGAUGAUAUAACCAAUUAUGGUGCCCGUGUCACCCGAGUUCAUAAGAACGGGACAACAUGGAGAGUUCACUGGAGCACCUUGGGUGAAGGUCAAGAUCCCGUUGAGAAUGAGGAGUCUGCAACAUUUGACUCGGUUAUCGUUGCCUCGGGUCAUUAUCAUACGCCUCUUGUCCCAAAUAUACAGGGUCUACCCGAAGCAAAAGCUCGAUGGCCCGAGAGAAUCUUCCAUUCAAAAUCUUUUCGAAGAUCAGAAGGAUUUGAAGGAAAGAAUGUACUAUUACUCGGUGGAGGCGUCUCUGCUCUCGAUAUAGCCAAGGAAAUCAGUGCAAGUGCAAACCACGUGUACCAAAGCACUCGAAAUGGCGCCUUCGAUCUCCCAGAGAGUGCACUUCCACCAAACGCCUCAAGAAUCACCGAGGUUGGAGCAUUCGAACCUUCUAACUUAACAUCCCCAAAUGUUGAGCACUUGCCCUUAACCAUACGUCUCAAAUCCGGGGAAUCCUUGCAUGAUAUAGAUACAAUUAUUCUUUGUACAGGAUACCAAAUGGCACUUCCAUUCCUCGAGGAAUAUAAUGACUACAGCGUGUCUGCCGCUGAGGCAAAUGAUAGGGUGCUUGUCACAGACGGCACUCAAGUCCACAACUUGCAUCGAGAUAUUUUCUACAUUCCUGAUCCUACGCUCGCGUUUGUCGGAAUUCCUUUUUACACCGCAACAUUCUCUUUAUUCGAGUUCCAAGCUAUUGCUGUUGCAUCCUUCUUGUCUGGGGUUACGCAGCUUCCAUCCACUAGGAGUCUUCGGACGGAAUAUGAGAGUCGAGUCAAGGAGAAGGGAAUUGGAAGGAGUUUUCAUUCACUCAAGGACCAAGAGCAAGAUUAUGUUGAAGAAUUGAUCAAAUGGGUUAAUAUUGGAAGAGUUGAGCACGGUUUGUCUUUGAUUGAGGGUCAUACUGAGACCUGGAUUAGAGAGAAAGCUUCUUUGAUGGAGAGAAUGAAGUUGCUCCUGGCAGGGCAGCUUCCUCGGGAAGAUGCCCUCAAAAGUCCAUUGGAGAUGGUUGUGACUGCGUGA